UUUUAAUAGAAUUUUAGAAGAAAACUGGGAAAUAAAGUAAUGGACACUGGCAAAACAAGAGAAGCUUCUCAUGCUGGCAGCUGGUAUACAGAAAGUGAAGAAGAGCUCAAUGCUGAACUUGAUGAUUACCUCUCCAAAGCUGAGAAAACCCUUCCAGAAGGAAGACUCAAAGGAAUAAUUGGGCCUCAUGCUGGGUUUUCUUACUCAGGCCCGACUGCUGCAUGGGCAUAUAAGAAUAUUGACCCAACUAAUUACAAAAGAGUUAUAUUGCUAGGGCCUUCUCAUCAUGUCUAUCUUGAUGGAUGUGCUUUGACCCUCUGCUCAACUUACGAGACUCCUAUCGGGAACAUCGCUAUUGAUACAGAUACUGUGAAAGCCUUGAGGGAUACAGGUGAAUUCGAAGAUUUCUCACUAAAACAAGAUGAAACAGAACACAGUCUUGAAAUGCACUUACCUUACAUUAAGAAGAUCUUUGGAGACCAUCCCUUCUCCCUUGUCCCUAUCGUUGUUGGCAGUAUUAACUAUAAAUCUGAGCAGAAGUAUGGCAAACUUCUUUCAGAAUAUGUUGAAGAUGAUGAAACCCUCUUUAUAAUUUCUAGUGACUUCUGCCAUUGGGGAAGGAACUUUGAUUACAUGCCCUAUGAAAAAGACGUUGAUGAAUCAAUCAGUGGAUACAUCAAGCACCUUGACACUCAAGGAAUGGAUAUUAUUGAAGAGCAAGAUGGAAAAAAGUUUGUGAAUUAUCUUAAAGAGACGGAAAAUACUAUCUGUGGAAGACAUCCUAUCACUGUUUUCCUUGAAGCGAUCAAACAUUCGAGCCUUAAAACAGUGACAAAGUUUGUAAAAUAUGCUCAGUCUGGGGAGAUUCAUAGCAAGUACGAUUCUUCUGUCUCGUAUGCCUCAAGUUAUACAGUUGUUGACAUAUAA